UCUCACAGACACACACACAUAUACGUGUUACACACACACACAACACAACACAAUUAAUCAAAAUGGCUCUCCUCUGCUUCUUCUUCCUGGGUCUCUUCCUCCUGUUUGUUGCGCCGUCGACCGCUCGCAUUCCGGGAGUAUACUCCGGGGGGCCGUGGCAGAGCGCCCACGCCACCUUCUACGGCGGCAGCGACGCCUCCGGCACCAUGGGAGGGGCGUGUGGAUACGGAAACUUGUACAGCCAAGGAUACGGCGUAGAGACGGCAGCGUUGAGCACGGCGCUGUUCAAUGAAGGGCAAAGCUGCGGCGCGUGCUUCGAGAUCAAGUGCGCCGACGAGCCGCAGUGGUGCCACAACGGCAGCCCCUCCAUUUUCAUCACGGCCACCAAUUUUUGUCCCCCGAACUACGCGCUCCCCUCCGACGACGGUGGCUGGUGUAACCCGCCACGGCCGCACUUCGACCUCGCCAUGCCGAUGUUCCUCCACAUUGCCGAGUAUCGCGCCGGCAUCGUCCCCGUCUCCUACCGCAGGGUGCCGUGCAGGAAAAGGGGAGGGAUCCGGUUCACGAUAAACGGGUUCAGGUACUUCAACCUGGUGCUGAUAACGAACGUGGCGGGAGCGGGGGACAUCGUGCGGGCGAGCGUGAAGGGGUCGAGGACGGGGUGGAUGGCGAUGAGCCGGAACUGGGGCCAGAACUGGCAGUCGAACGCCGUGCUGGUCGGGCAGUCCCUCUCGUUCCGCGUCACCGCCAGCGACCGCCGCACCUCCACCUCCUGGAACGUCGUCCCCGCCAAUUGGCAGUUCGGACAGACCUUCCAGGGCAAGAACUUUAGGUUCUGAUCAUGUUGUUGUAACCUUAGUUCUCAGAGAAGUGUAAAGAGAUCUAAAGGAGCGGAGAGGGAAGCGCACGCUUGAUUUUUAAAUUUUUUGAAGACCUUCCCGCGCCUUUUCAACUUGUUAUAAAUUUGGUCCGUUUCUUUCUAAUUUUUUUGUGCUAGGGUGGGAAGUGUGGUCGGUAUCGAUUGGGCUGUGGUCAAAGGAUUUGUGUUUCUUUAUUAUUAUUACCGAAGCAAUUCCGUGUCAAAAGAAGUGCAGCUAAAAGCAGCUUGCAUGUCUCAAGGAUGAUGAUUGUGUCUCGACAUAUAAUAAUAUAAUAAA